AUGAAUUCCAUGUGGUCUCUUUAUCGUAAGGUUCGCAUCACAGCUUCUGACUUUAGUUUGGUAAUAAAGGCUAUUAACUCUCGUCGACGUCCAAGUAAGUCACUUUUGAAAAGACUUUUAGGAUUAAACGACAUCGAAGGUGUGACAGCCAUACAAUGGGGAAUUCAACACGAAAAAGCUGCUAUAUCUACCUAUGAAGAAUUUACUAACCAGAAAGUUCAGGAGAGUGUUUUGUGGGUACAUCCGUUUGGAGCUUUGGGUGGAUCACCUGAUGGUGUUGUAAGUGUUACCACCAUUAUAGAAGUGAAGUGUCCCUACAGUAGUGCACCACGCCGUUACUUGACCACGUGGACAGAGGAUAUUUCUUGA